GACUGGUACAUUCUGUGACACGCACUCCUUUCUGCUUAGUGAGCAUCCUUUGGACCAAUCAGUAGGAAGUCUUUUCAUUGUCAGGAUGAAGUGUGCCGUGAUGUUUCUUGUGUUGUCCAUGGUUGUACUCAUGGCUCAACCUGGCGAAGGAUUUUGGCACGUGCUUGCGGGAGCAGCUACUCAUCUCGCUUCACACUUCUUGAACAACAGGGGUGAAACUGCAGAAGAACAAGCUGACCAGCAGCAGCUGAACCAGCAACUGGCCCAGGAGGAAGCCCAGAAGCUGGACCUGCAGCGGAUGAACCAGCAACAGCUGGAUGAGCAGCAGCAACAGCUGGAUGAGCAGCAGCAGCAGGAUCAGGAACAACUGAACAGACGUUCAUUUAAAUCCAAGUUUGCUCGACGUCACUUUAAUUAAACUCUGAGGAUAGAGCGGAAGAUGCUUUAACUCUUGCUCUUGAACAUAUCGCAACUUGGCAGAGCGGAAUAAAUAUUUACAAUGCUUCUGUUAAUAAAUAAUUUUGAUUCAUUCACUUUAAGAUGUUGGUUAAUCAAUAAAGAAGCUUUACGGCACACGAACAAACAAACAACUGAACUGGCGAGUUAAUAAACAAGAUUUACAGCACA